AUGGCUGCUGUUCAGAGUGGAGUUUCCUCAUUCCCACUGCCCUGGCAGAGGCCCUCAUACAUCUAUGGAGCACUUCUGUGCAACUCUCUGAUGGCUGGUAAGUUCUUUUGGCUGCUUUAAGUAAUGUUACUCUAGUAGAAACCAGAGCAGUACUCCAGCCGCGUGAUCACAUUUAUGACUUUUUGAGGAAAAAAGUUCUAACUUUCUGAUACUGCUGGUCAACACCAACAGAUUUGCACAUAGAGUUAACCUUUAUAUUCUUGUGUAUGUUCUGAAAGUUACAAAUUACUGACAACAAACUUCACAUGUAGAGAUUUUUGACUUUCUCCUCAAAGUGUGUUGUGCUAGGGUAACCCUCGAGUCUGACUACACAGGUCUUCCAUUGCAUCAUAACAAAGAGGGCACACAUGGCCUUGAGCACUAUCUGUGGGGUUUUCUGAAGCUGGAGACCCUGCUUAUCUUACUCUCUGGUUUCUCAGACUCUGGUUUAUCAGACAGAACUCCUCUCCAUGAAGCUGCGUACCAAGGUAGACUGCUACACCUAAGAAGUCUCAUCGCUCAGGUUAGCAUCCAACAGCUUAUCAAAUCAUAAUGCUAAUAAUAAGAUGUGUAUAGAAAAUAUUACAGCACAUUCACACCGAGGACAUAACACCCUCUCACCUCCUCUGCAGGGCUUUCAUGUGGACACUCUCACCAUGGACAGAAUCUCACCUCUCCAUGAAGCCUGCCUUGGUGGCCAUUAUGCUUGUGCCAAGUUCCUCCUGGACAAUGGUGCAAAUGUAAGAAAAUCAUCUCCCAUUUUCAUAAAUUUCAUAAUUUUUCAGGACUUCCUCUUUUUGUGCCCAUGAGCUCUGUAUGAAGAAGCUACAUGACAUAUUUGAAAUGGGUGAAUUCUCCUGACUGAAAUUUUGCGAAACCAGAGGUGUGUUGUGAUUUCUAAACCCAAGGUUUCAUCUAAGUAAAAUGGUAAAAAUACUUAAAAGCCGCCAGAGAAAGCACAUGUGAAACACAAGCAAAGCAUGUGGCCUCAGGAAAUGUGGCUAACAUUAUGACCACAGGUACAUGAAAUGCAACCAAGGAUUGGAGCAGAUGGACAGAUGACUCCAUCUCCUUUUACGCAAUGUUUGAAUGUAGCUGACCCUUAAUUGGACUUUAUGUGAAUACACAGGAGAAGAAAAAGUCAUAAAAAUAAGUCAUACGAUUAUCUUGAAGGACAGCAACAAAGUGGUAAUACUACAGGAGUUAGAGCCAAAAAGAAUACAUGUACGAGACAUUUGAUGUGCAAAAAUAAGAAGGCAUAGGAAGCAAAGACAAACAGUGUAACACUACUGGAUAUCUGACAGGAAUAUUGAAAUGCAAUAAACUUAUGGAUACAUACAUCCUGAUUAUUCAAUUUACUUGAAAGAUUUGCCCAUAAUAAAUACAUUAGAUCAGUAAUGUGCAUUCUUUUUAUUUGGACCAUGUGAAGGUGCAUGCAGUAUCAACAGAUGGCGCCACACCUCUCUUCAACUCUUGCAGCAGUGGGAGUGCAGCCUGUGUGAGGCUCAUCCUGCAGCACAAGGCUUCAGUCCACACGCCCUCUCUGCUUGCAUCACCCGUCCACGAAGCAGCUAAAAAGGGUGAGUUUGUGUGCCAGCAUUUGUGAGUCAGUGAAGCUGUUCUGUGUGGCAGCACAGGUUUUGAUGUUUUGUUGUUUCACCUCAGGUCACAGAGAGUGUCUGGAGCUGCUGCUGUCAUAUGGAGCUCACAUUGAUCUUGAGCUCCCAGUGUUGGGGACUCCUUUGUAUUCUGCUUGCAUGGCUCAGGCUAUGACUUGUGUAACACUUCUGCUAUACUCAGGUAAAACAGUCUGGAAACUCUAUUUUGUCAGGUCACAAAAGUAGUUAAAUUCUUGGUGUUAUAACAAGAGGUCAAAGAGAAAACCCUUAUUUUGCCAUGUAUCAUGUAGAAUUCAAUCAAAAUAACAAAUCAUGUGCGCAAGCUAGCUUAGGAUAUUUAAAGAUUUUGUGUUGAAUCAAAGGUGCUGAUGUUGGAGUCGGGUGUGGACGGGACACCCCUUUGCAUGCUGCUGCUCAGUGUGGAGGGGCUGAAAUCGUGGAUCUUCUGUUGGACUUUGGGGCUGAUGGGUGCUUUAAGAAUGCAGAGGGAAAGACCCCACUGGACCUUUCAUUGCCAAACAGUGAAGUGAGGAGUGUUCUACAGAAAAAAGGUUUGUAUUCAAUGACAUGCAUGUGAAGCAUAUUUCCAACACUGCUUUUUGAUCUGAAAGAUGUAAAUACACUCUGGCUUCUGUCUCUGCCCAGGUCCCUGUGCCCUGUCUCAGCUCUGUCGGUUAUGUAUCAGAAGAAGUCUGGGAAGAAGUCGUUUCCACAGGGCCUCCAGCCUUUUUCUUCCUCCCAUUAUUAUGGACUUCCUCCUCUAUCAGUGAAAGUUUCGGCCCAACCUUUGUGACCAUGUGCCUUGUCAAAAGCAUGUAAAAGAAUAUGACCAUGGUCAGAGAAAAGAGCUGAGUCCUGUCCCUGAAACUUCAAAAAACUGUUAUUUUUGUAAUUAUCAUUGAAAUUCUUCAUAUGUAUUUUACAUGAAAAUGAAAAUUUUCAAGAUACAUUUAAUUUUUUUGUGCAGCUAUUUAGAUGUAUCAGAUUGUUUUUACAUUUAUCCUUUAUCAAGAGCUUUUAUUUGUAGUUUUUUAAAUGUUUUGGUAUGUUUACCUUUUUAAAGGUUAUGGGGGUUUAUUACUGAUUAUUUGACAGAGGCGGUAAAAAGUUGGCUUGGCUCUGUGAGUCAAAUGAAAUAAAGUAAAUGCCUGCAAUGUUGUUCAGUUUUUGUCACCGGUUAGGAAGUGUUAGUGGUGCCAGUAAAGAAGUUUUUGCAAAGGUUUAUGCUGUUUUGAGUUAUAUAUCACUUGCAAGCAUUUACAGUAUUGGUAUUUACAAUUUACCACGACUUAAAUUUACGCCAGAAUAUCGUUUUUUAAGGAUCCUCAUUACCAUGAGAAAAGACAUCACCAUGAUGCCUGUCCUUUUGAAUCACCAUGUCACAAUGUGCUGUAUGAGAAACAUAAGUGAUUUCUAAACUUAGUUAAGACCUUUUUUUUUUUUUUUGGCUGAGCUGUAUGUGUUUGAAUCACUGUGUUUCCUGUGGAGCCAAAUGGCAUUCUGGAACAACAGGCGACAUUAUUCGGAUAGCUACUAAAGGUUAUUUUAGUUACUGCAGUGAUAUGUAUACAAUUUACAUUUCAGAAUACACACACACACUCAUAAAUGAAAGAAUUUUGGCUGAAACAUGAAGGAUGUUCUGUUUUUCACACACUAUUUGUAUCUAGUACCUAUUAUGUGCCUGUAAGUGGUUCAGUUCUACCAAGUAAAACUAAACCUUGGUUUUUAUUCAAGUUUCCCCUAAGGGCCACAGUCAGAAGUGAGGCGGACCCCUUUAGCUCUCCCAUGAUUCUUGCCUCACCUUGUCGAGGUUCUAUCUCCCAAAACCACCUGUUUGUAAGCUAAAUAGCUAAAGCUAAAUAUGGCUGGGGUUAAUUUGAUACACCCACAGAAGAUUCUUACUGUCUGUCAUGUGUCAUGGCACCUUUGCCUCUCGCCUUCUCCACAUGUGUCUUUCAAACGAGAGUUACAUAUGUAACUGCGGUUCUAUGAAUCCUAGAUGACUGAGCUUUAAGCACUGAAUGAAUCCAUCUCGCGCAUACGCAGGUCGAGUGUUUAUACCAACAAAGUCACGUUUGACCCCUGAUGACCCGGUCAGUCUAUAUCGUCCGGUGACAUCAGAGGAUCUGUUCCUGCAGAAUCUUAUCGCGAGAGCACAAGGAUUCUGAGUGACGGAAUGCUCUGGCGGUCAUCCAGGAUUCAUAGAACCACAGUUACAUAUGUAACUCUCGUUCUAUUUCAUCCUUACUGACCGCCAGAGGAGGUGCUUUAAGUACUAGAACCCAUAUCAACAGAGUCAUGAAGAAUUCCAACACCAACCUCUUUGAGAGGAAACAGCAGAGUCGGGCCACAGAACCACCCAAGAGGUGGGGGGUGGCAACAUUCACCUGAUAAAAUCUGGUAAAGGUACUUGGCGAUGCCUGAUGCUGCCUCACAUAUGUCCUCCAGGGGCACACCACGCAGGGCCGACCAUGAUGUUGAGACAGCCCUAGUAGAGUGGCACCUCACUCCUGAUGGUACGGGGCGACCACUUCUUUUAUAUGUAUGGGUGAUGACAUCCACUACCAAAUGAGACUAUCGCUGUUUGGAGAGAGCACAGCAUUUUCUAGGGCCACCAUAGCAGAGGAAAAGCUGGUUCGACCAUCUAAUACUUGCAGUUGCGGCCACAUAGGCUGUCAGAGCCAGCACAGGGCACAGCAGUUUUAAUCUUUCCUCACCUUCCGGGGGAACAAAUUGUGCCAAGUGGAUUUGUCUUCCAGUCUUUCUACAUGUCAACCUCACAACCAGGGGGGAGGAAAAAUUGUAUGACUUGUAUUGAGCUUUUAAAGUUUGUCCACAGAACAGUCAAAAGUUGCUGUUCUCGUGGACGCUUCGCUCAGCGAGGAGGCAGAUGAUGUCCAUUCUAUAUACAGUCUAUGGUGUAAACCAGUCUGAUUGCAAAAAACAAACUAUUAGAGGGACAUUUUAUGCCAGCUGUUGAUCAGUAUCAUUAUGGUGAACUUUUGGUGAUAAGGAUAAUGUCUCCUCUGA